AUGCCCUCGGCAAACGACAUUAUCCGCAGUCUGAAUCACGAUGUACCCAACAAAGCUGCCAGCGUUCUUCUCAUUACAGUCUGGGAACUAGGCGAGGCUGCCGGCCCCCUCUUUGUCGCUCCCAUAUCAGAAACCUUUGGUCGAUAUGUUGUUCUGAAUACGUCCAAUGCCCUGUUCCUAUUCGCAAACAUACUGACGGCGCUGUCCACGAAUGUGCCGUUGCUCAUCACCGCGCGGGCACUCACUGGCUUGGCUGUGGCGUCCAACGUGCUUAACCCAGCAAUUAUAGGCGACAUGCUGGCACCCGAGCAGCGUGGCACGGCAAUGACCAUCAUAAUCAUCGUGCCAAUGAUUGCCAGCGCCGUUGGGCCUGCUGUUGGCGGUGCGGUCGCUGAUGCGCUGGGUUGGCGACAAGUGGUUUGGAUCAAUGUGGCCCUUGCCUUCUUAUGCCAGAUUCCCCUUCUCGUCUUUUUCAAGGAGACGUACAGAGCUCCGUCUCAACAGGAUCUGGGCACAGCGCCGCGUAAUAGCAACGUCGACGGCAAUGGGAACUGCAACGGGAAUGGCGAUGGCGAUGGCAACGAUAUAAAUCUGCAAAGCGGAAAAUGUCAGUUGAAGCUACACAACUUCUGGACCUCUGCGGCACGACCGGCAAGUAUGUUGUGCAGCUCCAGGGUCCUUGCUAUGCUCUGCAUGUGUCACAGCCUCGACUUUGUCUUUUACUACGCCAUGGUCGUUACUUUGCCAGAUAUUCUACAAGAUGUAUACGGCCAAUCUCUAACCACUACAGGGCUGUCUUUCAUGUUCUUCAGUAAGGAACUACGCUUCUUUCCCUUUUCUCCAGCCCAAGCUAAUUGGUCUGUUUCUUGA